AUGUCUCUCACAAACGCAUCCCCUUCGGAAGCUGCCAAAUCAGCCAAAGAAGCAUCGCAUGUACUCGCUACAUUAUCCGAGUCAGCGAGGAACGAUGCUCUAACAGCUAUCCACGAUAGCUUAACUGCUGCCAAGGAUGACAUACUUGCAGCCAAUGCUCGUGACCUCCAAGCUGCACGUUUAGCAGCAGAGCAUGGUCAACUAAGCCAAAGUUUGGUAUCAAGGUUAGACCUUGGUAAGAAAGGGAAAUGGGAGGACAUGCUUAAAGGAAUACUUGACGUUAGAGGCCUCGAAGACCCUGUCGGCAAGAUUACCUUAAAAACUAAGCUUGAUGAUGGGCUAGAGUUGACAAGAGUCACUUGUCCUAUUGGCGUUUUAUUAAUCAUAUUCGAGGCGCGACCUGAGGUUAUUGCCAAUAUCGCUUCCCUUGCAGUAAAAUCAGGCAAUACUGCUAUCCUGAAAGGUGGUAAAGAGUCAACAGAAUCCUUCGUUGCCAUUUCCAAGGCCAUUUCUGCAGCUCUGGACAAGACUAAGGUGCCCAAUGGUGCCAUCCAGCUGGUCACCACAAGAGAUGUAAUACCGCAGCUGCUAGAUCUCGACCAAUACAUCGAUCUUGUAAUACCCCGGGGCUCCAAUGAAUUGGUCCGAUAUAUCAAGUCAUCCACCAAGAUCCCGGUCCUUGGCCACGCCGAUGGCUUAUGCUCCAUCUUUCUCGAGCAGUCGGCAGAUCCGAAGAUGGCUGCAGAUGUGAUUGUUGAUUCAAAGACUAGCUACCCCCAGCGUGCAACAGCUUGGAAACAUUACUGGUGCAGGAAUCUUCUCUAG